AUGUCGACAUCAUCAGCCACGGAUUCCUCCCGGGAAUCCUCGUACCCCAGCAGUCCCGUCUCCCAACACAACCAACCCGUCUUCUCAUUUCCCGUCCCCCAACGGCGCAGGAGACCCAUCUCCCCCGUCCGCCGAUACUAUUCCACCCCGCUGCGAGAAGACUCGCCCGACUCGACCCCCCUGCACCUCUACGGCCUCGAGCAGCGCGAACCCUCCAUUGCCGAGAAACCCCGGCUGCUGCACCGCUUCUCCUACGCUCUCGACGACAUCAAGGAGGAUUUCACCCUGCAGCUGGACCCCAAGAGCCACAUGGCCAACAAGAUCCGAAGCCGGCGCCAGUCGAUGCUCAUGGCCGAGGCGUCCCCGCGCGGCUCGACUUCCUCGGGGAUCCCUCCCGUUGCGGAGAAGGCGCCCCUCGCAGUGUCUGGAGCGCCGCGCCUGAGACCGCUGUCCAUCCUCUCCUUUGAUAGCUGGUCGCCGCCGACCCGCAUGCUGAGCAGGCGGCUGUCGACGUUCGAGUUCUCGAAGCGGAAGCGGAAUGGGCCUGGCCCUCUGGCGAGUAUCUCACAGCCGAAUCUGAUCGGCUCCUCGGCUGAUAUCUGA